UACACUUCAGUAAAGUGUAUCGGAUUGGUUCAUAUUUGCUGAGUGAAUCAUAUUUUUGCUCUCAUUUUGGCAUGUGUUUUGAUAAUGCACUCUUGGUUCUAAAGUGAUAUUACAACAAUACUAUUCGGCCUAUCCCUGGGAGAUUGUUUUUCUUCGAGGCUAAUCAUCAUCAGUUAUAAGUAAUUGAACAUAAGAUCUCUGUGAUUAGUUUUACUUUGUCCCAAAUAUACAGCAAUAGCCUAUCCCAUCUCAUUAUAUUGGGUAAGUAAUAUCAUAUACUGUUUAGAACAGUCGUUCAAAGGUGCACAUUUGGGAAUCUUAGAUACAGACCAGACCGUCUCUAUGAAGAAUGUAAGAUUGAUGGUAUGUAUUUGUAGGAGUUGAGAACAGGUAGGCUAAUACAAAACACACCUUAAAAUGUCUGAAUUCAGAAAGAAAAUGUAUCGACUAGGCCUCAUCAAUGGAGAGGAGAAUCAUUUUAAUUCCAUUUGAACUGAAUACAUAUUUAUCUGCUAGGUCUAAGUAACAUGAAUAAUGUAUGUAGGCCUACAUUAUUUCAUAUUUGCAUACCCGUGCAUCAAAGUAAGCCUGCAGUUUUGAAUUAAUAAAUACUAGCUCCAUGGUUGGGGAAUAUAAUUGCUCAUCAUAAGCACAUUGAUGUUCAUUUGUCUAAUAAACUAUAGCAAAUUAAUAUGAUGACACCAUGAUACAUAUGCAGCCUUUGGUAUUAUUGGCUGCUAUUGAGUGUCCAGACAAUUUAGGCUACCUUCGUCCUCAGUCUCAUGUGAGGUUCACUCAUUCCGCCUGUGUUUCUGGGUAUGCGCUGUUGUGCUUGUUUAUCUCAGCAGCAAACCCUGCAGUGUUCUCCAUCCAAAAUGGCUGCGGAGGAGGAGAGCAAUAGCAGAGCUCCAUGUCUCAAUUUCUCCAGUCCCGGACCGCUGGGUAAUGCUCAGCCGAGCAACAACGCCCAUUCCUCGCCCGCUACAAAUGAGGGGUCAGCGGGUGCAACUGGAGGGGCACCACGGACAGCGGGACACUCAAACCCUCAACCAGGCCCUGACCGUGGCUGUGGCACCGAUGUUAGAGUAGAGCAUUCCCCGAAUAGGCAACACACUACGCCACAGUCAGCGGGUCCGAGUGCCACGGCUGCCCGGGCACCGACAGUCGCAGGAGGAGCUGCGACAAACAUGACAGCAUCCUCCGUGGAGUCCCCGAACAUUCCAUCCUCACUUCCCAGUAGCCCUGCAUCUGCGGCCGUAUUGGUUUAUCGGGAGCCAGUGUACAAUUGGCAGGCCACAAAAAACACCGUGAAAGAAAGGUUUGCGUUUCUGUUCAACAACGAGGUGCUGAGUGACGUGCAUUUUCUGGUGGGGAAGGGAAUGGGAGUGCAGCGGAUACCAGCACACAGAUUUGCCCUUGCCGUAGGAAGUGCAGUAUUCGAUGCCAUGUUCAAUGGCGGUAUGGCCACCACCUCUACUGAGAUCGAGCUGCCUGACGUGGAGCCGGCUGCAUUCCUUGCCCUGCUCAAGUUCCUGUACUCAGAUGAGGUGCAGAUAGGACCCGAGACUGUGAUGACCACACUGUACACAGCCAAGAAGUAUGCAGUGCCAGCCCUAGAGGCCCACUGUGUGGAGUUCCUCAAGAAGAAUCUACGUGCUGACAAUGCCUUCAUGUUGCUCACUCAGGCGCGGCUCUUUGACGAACCUCAGCUGGCCAGCCUCUGUCUGGAGAACAUCGACAAGAACACUGUGGAUGCACUCGCUGCUGAGGGCUUCACUGAUAUUGAUCUAGACACGCUGGUGGCGGUGCUGGAGAGGGACACUCUGGGGGUGCGGGAGGUACGUCUGUUUGGGGCUGCGGUGCGCUGGGCGGAGGCAGAAACCCAGAGGCAGCAGUACCAGCCCACUCCGGAGAACAAGCGCAAAGUGCUGGGCAAAGCCCUGGUCCUUAUCCGCUUCCCUCUCAUGACCAUCGAGGAAUUUGCUGCAGGUCCAGCCCAGUCUGGUAUUCUUAGUGACCAGGAGGUGGUGAGCCUGUUCCUUCACUUCACGGUGAACCCCAAGCCUCACGUGGAGUUCAUCGACCGGCCUCGCUGCUGCCUGCGGGGGAAGGAGUGCAGCAUCACACGCUUCGGACAGGUGGAGAGCCGCUGGGGCUACAGCGGGACCAGUGACUGUAUCCGGUUUUCAGUGAAUAGGAGGAUAUUUGUGGUUGGAUUUGGCCUCUAUGGUUCGAUACAUGGUCCGACAGACUACCAAGUCAAUAUACAGGUCAUUCACACAGACAGCAACACUGUCCUGGGUCAGAACGACACAGGCUUCAGCUGCGACGGUUCCUCCAACACAUUCCGGGUCAUGUUUAAGGAACCAGUGGAGAUCCUGCCCAGUGUCAACUACAUCGCGUGUGCCACCCUCAAGGGACCAGACUCGCACUAUGGCACCAAAGGAAUGCGUAAAGUGACCCACGAAGCCCCUGCCACCGGCACCAAGACCUGCUUCACCUUCUGCUAUGCUGCAGGAAACAACAACGGCACUUCAGUAGAGGACGGACAGAUCCCCGAGGUCAUCUUCUACACAUAAUGAAUCUCCUCUGACCUCCCAAGGACUGACUAUAUGUGGGUCCCAAAUGACACCUUAUUGCCCAUAUAGUGCAAAGUAAUACUUCAGGCAAUAGUACAGCGCCUCUAUUCCUCAUUAGUCUUUACUACUAUUACUACACUUCAUCAAAGGGUUGUCCUCUAAAGCUGGUUACACAGGCAGACUAAUUCAAUAUUUUAUAUAUCAGAAUUGUGUAAAAUCAGCCUAUGAAUGGUAAGCUGACAUGGUAAAUCUAACCAGGACCUGGUUGUUACAAACUUCUGAUAUUCAUGUUGGAUCUUUGUGCAUACAGUAUUGAAUGGGUAAUUGUUUUGGAAGUGGACUUUAGUUCAGUGUUUCCACCAAUAAGCACACUUUUGUAGCCCUGGAUAAGCACACCUGAUUCAACUUGUCAACUAAUCAAGCCCCUGAGUUGAGGUGAGUUUUUGUCGAGGGCUACAACAAAAAUGUGUUAGGGAUACCCAAGGACUGGAGUUGGGAAAUGCUGCUUUAGUGGUUGUGUCCAUCUUUCCUGUCUAGACUGAUGUGAAGGAAAUAGUAAUGUCAGGUAAUUAACAGAUGAGAAAUCUGGGGGAAAAGUCUACCCAUACCUCAGUGAAAGAAGUCCCCAAAUGGUUGCUAGGUUUAAUCUUAACCGCUUCCUAUGGCUGUGUGUAGAAUUGUGGAAGCGCAGAAAUUGAAUUACUUUUUCAAUUGAUAAAAUGAUUUAGUUGCACUGAUGCACUUUGACAGGAAACGGACAAUUAAACCCUGCCUGCAAAUUCACUAUAUUAUAAAAUGGAGUAAUCCCCGAAAUAAAUUGAAAUUCAAUACAUUUCAGGAACUGUUGGCCUACCUGGUGAAUCAAACCUGUUACUCUAAUCAGUAUAGUGAACCAAAAUUAGAAUAGAUGAAAAUGAACAAUUGUCAUUUAAUGUAUGGUGAAUUGAAAUUCAAAAGUUGAGUUUACCACUGCUUUACAGUUAGCUUAUACCUGUAAAUAGUAAAAUAAGGGUCUUGCUAUGGGUGCCAUUCUGUGGUGCCGUAGUGCCAGGAAGGCAUGUUUGCUGUCUCAUUUUCAUGCAAGUUUGAGAGAAAUUUGUACAUACUCAAUUGCAUGCUUGCAAAAUGCAACAUAACAGUUGAUUAUCUUUUCUUGUCUAGGUAUACCGCCUGCGUGGCAGGAGGCAAUUGCCUAAGGUGCCCAUAAAAUGGUACCAAACAAUGCAAUCUCAAAUUAAAAACAUAUGAGUCUGGCUAAUGUACAUUGUAAAUAAAAUGUUCCGAUUAAACAAGUCUGUCACAAUA